GCUGUUCCACUCUGUUGCCCCCGCUCGCCCCUCUCGAAUACAUUUAUUAUCAUUGCGAAAACCAAGUGCAGGCAGCAGCAAAAACAGCAAAUCCAUCGCAACCAGGCGAAAAUGGAUCAAUAACGCGCCAGCCAGGGCUAACUCGCUAACCCCGUGACCGCUAAUUGGAUUCCAUUGUGCGCCCAGUGACAGGAAACGGAAAUCUACAACGGCCAGCAGCAAAUCGCUUGCGAGAUACACAAAGAAGCACAAACAAACCGAAAAUGAAGGCGACCAAGACGCGGGCUGUCCGCCUCACAAGCUUGACGGAGGACGUGACCAGUGUUCCGGAGGAUGCUCCCUUCCGGGCACGCCUCCACUUCCUGUUCGCCCAGAUCGAACGGGAAUUCGAACAACUUUACCUGGAGAAUCAGAGCUUGCAGGAUAAACUGGACAUUGCCACCGCCACCAAGGAAUCUGUGGUCCAGCAGGAGCAAAGAUGUGCCGCAGGAGGAGUGCUGAGCGCUCCAUCUUCCUCCUCUGCUUUGCCCACUCCGGCCACCCAAACAGAUGAAGUGGGCGCCAGCUUUCUGGCCGCCGCUUCCAGCACACACAAGAGCUUGAAGGCUAAACUAAGCAGCGCCACCGGCGGCAGCAAGGCGAAGGCCAGCAACAAAAUCAAGGCCCAGACUAGCCGCAUAGUGUCCAGCUUCAAGGCUCCCACAGUGGUCAGCACUGUGGUGAGAGAGUUUGGUGGACAUAAGGAUGGCAUUUGGCAGGUGGCCGCAAAGGCAGGACAGCCUAUUAUAGGCACCGCAUCCGCCGAUCACACAGCCUGCAUCUGGGGCGUCGAGAGUGCACGAUGUUUGCUGCAGUACCAAGGGCAUGCCGGGUCUGUCAACUCCAUAAAGUUUCAUAAGCAAAGGGAUCUCGUGCUCACAGGCAGCGGUGACGGAACAGCCCACAUUUGGCAGGCAGCCGUUAACUGGGAGGUGUCCAAGAAAGGUCAUUCAUCGGAAGAGGAGCUGGACGACAGCGAUGAGCAGGUAGAGGACCGUGAUCGUGUGGACACCUUGCGCACACCACUCUGUGAGUUUACAGGCCCCGGUGGCCACCUGUCCGUUGUGGUGGCCGCCGACUGGCUCUCCUCGAUGGACCAGAUCAUCACCGGCAGCUGGGACAGGACCGCCAUAUUGUGGGACGUUGAAACAGGCCAGCCACUGCAGCCAUUGACGGGACACGACCACGAGCUGACACACGUUUCGGCGCAUCCCACACAGCGCUUGGUAGUGACCGCCUCCAGGGACACCACGUUCCGGCUGUGGGACUUCCGGGAGGCCAUUCCCGCGGUGUCCGUGUUUCAGGGCCACACGGAAACGGUUACCUCCAGUGUGUUUGCGCGUGAUGACAAAGUGGUGUCUGGAUCGGAUGACCGCACCAUCAAGGUGUGGGAGCUGCGCAAUAUGCGCUCGGCUUUGGCCACGAUCCGAACGGAUUCCUCGGUUAACCGCCUGGCCGUUUCCAGCGGUGGGAUCAUCGCAAUACCACAUGACAAUCGUCAGAUUCGACUUUUCGAUUUGAAUGGACAAAGGGUGGCCAGAUUGCCCCGCACCAGUCGACAGGGUCAUCGGCGGAUGGUGUCCUCGGUGGCCUGGGCGGAGGAGCCGCUGCUCGACUGCGACCUCUUCUCUUGUGGCUUCGAUCGCCGCGUCUUUGGCUGGUCCAUCGUCCUACCGAAGGACAAUUGAAGGCGGUUAAAAGGGGGAGCUGCUCCUAAAGAAGGAUAGGCCGGAUGAGCAGGCAGCCCCCUCGGAACGCAAAACAUCUCUCGAACAGAGCAUCCGCCAGUGAUGCUCGUACUUAUGUGUGUAGCCGUUAAAAUUUAGAUCAAGUAUUAUGCAGACAUUGUUCAAGAUGUUCUAGAUGUCGAUCACUGAGUGUAAUUACUGUUGCUUUUUGCCAAAUAGUCGCGGCACAUCAUCAAGUGUUGCUAUGUACUACAUAUUAUCAUUGUUAUAACGUAUAUGCGUGGGGAUUGGGCUAGACUUCCGAAGUCCAAUUCGUAUUUUAUCUGUGUUUUACUACCAUACAAAACAUAUAAUUAUUAUAGGUGUCUAAGGCAUUGACGUUAUUAGCGAACAUGAAUAAACAUAAUCAAGCACUUAUAGAUGCAUUAACUACAAAAUA